AUGUAUUCUCCUCUUCCCUGUCUCCAGACGCGGAGGCUGACGAAGGUGGAGCGCCAGCGUUUCAGUGAGGAGGUGGAGAUGCUGAAGGGGCUGCAGCACCCCAAUAUCGUCCGCUUCUACGACUCCUGGAAGGACAACUGCAAGGGCCACAAGUGCAUCCUUCUUGUCACCGAGCUCAUGACGUCAGGCACCCUCAAGACGUGAGUUAAAGGGAUACCAUUUUUAUGUAUCUGAAUCCAGUAUGAAGGAAGUUAGAGGUAGUUUCACAAGCCAAUGCUAACUAGCUUAGCACAAAGACUGAAAGUAUGCUAGCUGUACCCGAAGACUUAAGCUGUGUUCGAAUACUUAUACUAACCGCAUUAACAGUACUAUUUGUGACGUAAAUUGAGUAUGUAGUAUGCUUAUUGAUCAUAGUAUGGAUAUAGUUAGUAUGCCAAAAGUUCCCAGAUGUCGUACUACAGUCGCCAAAAUAUGAAGUAUACAAGCAGUGGACACUAUUUCAGUGCUUUUAGGGCCCAUAAUGCAAUUCUUCCGAAAAUGGGUGUGGCUUCAACAUUUUCAGAUUUGAAGAAAAUGGCGGAAAAUAUGCAGCUGAAGUCCGACGAGAGCGGAUUCAAAUUCAUUGCUUUAACUAAUUAUGACAAAUGUUAAGAAAAUGUUGAGCAAUGUAAUAAAGUAAUGACUUUUCAAAUAAGUUACGUUACACGUUAUGUUGGCUGACAAUUUAUUUCUUACUCUAUCCUUAUAAACCGCAUAGCAUAUCAUUACAGCAGAAUGUACCGGUAUGUUAGCUAGCUACCUAACGUUAGUUGGCUGCUAAUACAUCAAACUUGCCAGUGUAUGAACUAUAUGCUAUCUAACUACCCAACGUUUAUUGACUUGAUUAUUCACGUCAUUCUUAGCUAAGUGGUAUAGUCGUUGUGCAUUCUCAAUGGACAUUGUGAAUUCGGGUGCGUUCGUAAAUUCGCUCUGGCUAUCUACUCCGAUUUCAGAGCACUCUCGUCUUAGUGUGCCAGAGCGCAGAAUAACUGUUUAAUUUAUGAACGCUCAACACCCGUUGAAUAUGGCCGGUGUCAGUAAACGUCGGCAAAAAAGCGUCAUUAAAUUGUUGCCAGCUGCACAGUUACAGUCACCAACGUUCUGGAUAACAUGAAAACAGCCUAACCAGCUUUGUUAGGGCGAGUAAAAUAGUCAGAGUGCAGUGUUCUCUUAUUUGUGUCUGGAAGUAGCUAGCAAGCUAGCCAAUUUUAGCCAGUUAGCUUGGGUGCUUGACUGCCGUUGUGAGGUCAGAACGCUCGGAUCAACCCUACUCCUCGGCCAGAGCGGGCAGUGUGCGCUCUGAACGGUCUGAAUUUACGAACAGACAAUCUGACAAUGCUCUGAAUUUACGAACGCCCACGCACUCUGGCACUCCAGAUUGAAUUUACGAACACACCCGAAGUCGUAAGAUGUCUAGCUAGCAAUUUGUUAUGCUAACAAGCUAGCAAGAGGUUGCAUAGCAACAGCAUCAACUUCCGGUAGACAGGCGAAGCACUAGUACGCUCAACUGAAAGGAUACCUUUCGUUUACAGUAUACUAAAAUGAACUAAUAGUAUAUAGUAUGUAGUAUAUACUCAUUAAGUAUGUAGUACACAGUAUGUUAAUAUGGGUAUUCGAACACAGCUUUAGUCUUUGUGCUUAGCAUUGGCUCACGAAACUACCUUUAACUUCCUUCAUACUGGACGCAGAUACAUAAAAAGGGUAUCCACGAGUUCAUCUAAGUCUACCCCCACUCCCUGAGUAAUAAGCAGAUGGGGAAAAGCAUGUGCCAUUUUCCUACGUCAUCUCCUUGUAAAAGGGUGUGCAAAAGACUCAAAAGCAGAUAUGCUUUCCGUCUGUGUUUUCUGUUCAUGUUAGUGUAUCUACUCUAUUGGCUAACCUUGGUAGAAAUGGAGUGUCACUCUCAAUUUGAGCAUGACAGGAGAAAAUUGGUUCCAGAGACAGAGGGAAUGGAAAAGGCUACCUCAUCCUCAGGCUCUCAGAUUCAGUGUGAGCACCCCUGGACCACGGUGCUCUGUAACUUAGUAACACUUGUUGCUUACACUGUUGUACCCCAUGGUUCCAAUCACUCAGUUGCUUGGACAACAGGGUUGUGGGUUUGAGUCCUGCAUGGGCCACACAUACAGUACUCUUAUCAGCCUCACCCUGCAGGUACCUGAAGAGGUUCAAGGAGAUGAAGCUGAAGCUGCUGCAGCGCUGGAGCCACCAGAUCCUGAAGGGCCUCCACUUCCUCCACACCCGCACCCCGCCCAUCAUCCACAGGGACCUCAAGUGUGACAACAUCUUCAUCACCGGCCCCACAGGCUCCGUCAAGAUCGGCGAUCUGGGCCUGGCCACACUAAAGAGUGCGUCGUUCGCCAAGAGUGUCAUUGGUGAGUCUCCCAACUACCCACAGCCACAGCCACUUCAGCUGAAACUGACGCUCAGCAUGAUGGGGUGCAUCAGGGCUCUAUUCUAGACCCUGUGAAUAUUGAAUAUUUUUAAAGCGUUCUGUCCCUGCUACUAAUGAAGGUUUUAGAGUGAGACCUACGUAAUAGCUGAAACCUCAUAGAGGAUGUUAAAACUUUUUGCCACCUACAACACUUACUAUUUGCUCAGGGAGUUUUUUAAAUUUAUUUUUUACAAAAAACUACAGAGAUACAGUAUUGUGUGAAACGGUUAUUCAAUAUUUCAAUGAAUAAAUAAUUCUCAAUUGCUUCCAGUGGCAAUCACUCAGUGUCAAACAGAGUCCCAGUCCCACUGCUAUCUGUGUGCUGCUGUCCCUUCAGUGUGGUGUGACCUUAAACUGGAGCAACUGUAAAUAAAGGCUGCAAUGCCAUGUUUUAGGCUGGCCGCUGUUUAUUUAUGUGGCUAUGUGUUUAUAUUUAUACUGCCAUAGUGCAUGAUGGCUAUUCUUUGUAGUGACGUCAGCACAACUGCCCAAAAUGUUCUAAUCUAUCUCACUGCUAUCACAGUGUUUGGUCUCAGUGACUGUUUAAUGGUGUGGGUCAUCUAAGUCCCAUUUGGAAACCUUCAAACCUGCAGACGUUUAACAUUUGUUUUACAUUAUCACGCUCAAAUAAGAUUUGGUGUUGUAUCAAUAAAUACCUUAUCUUUUGAUUACCUCCUGCAUUGUUUCAGUACCGCAUGGAUAAUGUUUUUUCCAUUUUAAUACACUUGUACUGUAAAUGAAUACCAGAACAGUUCGUUGCCAAUACACAUUUUCCCUACUGUAUUACAAGGCACACAGUUGGAUACUUGUUCCAAAGUGGUCAGAAUGAGAAUGCAUAAGGCCACUGUAUUGUGAAGUGUAACUGCAGUUGUCAGUGAAGUAGGAUAACAUUUUGCUCCAUUCUCAUAACCACUGUACCAUUAUACUCCCCCCCCCCCUCCCCUCUCCGUAGGGACUCCUGAAUUCAUGGCUCCAGAGAUGUAUGAGGAGAGGUAUGAUGAGGCGGUGGACGUCUAUGCCUUUGGGAUGUGCAUGCUGGAGAUGACCACGUCUGAGUACCCCUACUCUGAGUGCCAGAACGCUGCCCAGAUCUACCGUAAAGUCACCAGCGUGAGUGGUGGAUUUCUCUGUCUCUGGUGGAUUCUGUGUUUCCAGUCCAUGUUGUUCAGUUUGUCUGUUGUUUCGCUAGAUGUCGCUCAGAUCUGA